CUGGCGCUGGAUCGUCUGGCUCGACAGCGGGCAUCGGAUCACCAGGCAUGACCGCGGGCACUGGGUCAUCAGACAUUGGAUUGUCUGGCUCGACAGCGGCCAUCGGAUCACCAGGUAUGACAGCGGGCACUGGGUCACCAGGCAUCAGGUCAUUUGGCUCGCCAGCGGGCACCGCGUCAUCUGGCAAGGCAGUGGGCACCGAGUCACCAGGCACGACAGUGGGCUCUGAGUCAAUUGGCACAACAGCGGGCACCGGGUCAUCAGUGGAUCGUCUGGCUCGACAGCGGGCAUCGGGUCACCAGGCAUCAGGUCAUUUGGCUCGCCAGCGGGCACCGCGUCAUCUGGCAAGGCAGUGGGCACCGGGUCACCAGGCAUGACAGCGGGCACUGGGUUAUCAGACAUUGGAUCAUCUGGCUCGACAGCAGGCAUCGGGUCACCAGGCAUUGGAUCGUCUGGCUCGACAGCGGGCAUCGGGUCACCAGGCAUGACAGUGGGCACCGGGUCAUCAGGCGUGAUAGGAUCAUCAGGCUGGAUCAGCUGGGUACAGACAUCAGGCUGAAGUGCGGGUGCCGAGGCACCAGGCAGAACCACGGAAGGCAGGUUCUCAGACGGCAGGCUCACCGGUUUGGAUACUGGCAGGAUGGUACUGGUUGGAAAG